AUGUCCUUUGGCCAGCUGAACUUCAAGGAGCUGGGUGAGGAGGAGCCCACCUGGGAGGAGGAGAGCCUGGACAGCGUGAAGGCGCUGACGGCCAAGCUGAAGCUGCAGACGCGGAGACCUUCCUACCUGGAGUGGGAAGCCCGGGUGCGGGGGCAGCCCUGGCACAGCCAGACCCCUGGGGAGGCACGGGGGGCAGAGCCGGGCCCUGGGCACCCCGAGGAUGAGCGGGAUGGUGGCAUCUGUGGCUUCGCCACUAUGGAGGCGGCUCUGGAGUGGCUCAGGAUGGAGCUGCGGGAGAUGCAGGCUGCAGACCAGCGCCUGGCGCAGCAGCUGAUGCGCCUGCGGGCACAGCUGCACCGGCUGAAGGUGGAGCAGGCCUGCCACCAGCACAAGGAGAUGCUGGACGACGCUACCUUCGGCCUCGAGGGCUGCGAGGAAGACUCGGACCUGCUCUGCAACAUCCCACCCAAGGCCGCCUUCCUGCUCUCCAUGCCGCUCAAGCACAUCGGCGUCACCCGCAUGAACAUCAACUCCCGACGGUUCUCCCUCUGCUGAGCGCAGCGGGACCCCACGGAGUGCUCGGCAUCGAGCCCGGAUGGGAGCCUCGCAGGCACCCAUGGGUGCAUCCGGACCUGAUAGGGCUCAAGGAUCCCUACCAAAAUGCCUCGGGGACUGCGGAGCUGCUGCUGGGGCUGAGCUCCCUCAGGGCAGGCGGUGCUGAGCCAUGGUGCUGCCAGCCCUGCCCCGGGGGCAAUGCCAUGCCACGGUGGCAUGGGAAAAGCCACCACCCCCAUCGGGCACAGGGUGUUUUGGGGCACCCAGUGCCCUAUCCCUAAGGGAUAGGCAGGGUCAACCACAGUGCAAAAUGUGGGGAGCAGCUCUUUGAGGAGGAAUAAAA